AUGGCACAUCAGCCUCUCACCGCUGUUGAUGCUGCGGCGGCAGUUCAUUCGACCCUUCGAGGAGAGGCGCAGUUACGGAAGGUGGUGGAUAGCUUGCAAGUCCCUGAGAGCCUGCAGGAGCAGAUUUGGUUCAACGAGACUUUGGAUGUUUUCGCCUCACCAGAAGGUGACCGUAGCUCAGCGUUGAAACUUGAUACUUUGCAGGAGCGGCUUGGCUGGUUGAUUGAAAGCCUUGGAAUCGGGUUGCUUGAGGCGGAGGUGCGAGACGAGCUUCAACGCCGAGGAGCUCCAGCGAGCCUUUUUCAAGGGGGCGUGGCCGCGGCACCAGCGGCGGAGGCUGCACCUCCAAGUGGUGUAGGGGAGAGUCCGGGUGUUGCCACCACCCCAUCUCCCAAGGAGCCGGUAGCUGCCCCGGCGAGCGUUCUUCAAACCACUGCAAAGGUGAAACCAACUGAGCCUCCUAAGGGCUUGCAACCACCGCCACCCGUCGUUGAGCCCAAGAAGGAAGAACUGCCACAUCACAAGGAGACCCAGGCUGAGGCACCAAAAGAGGUUCCAAGAGCGGAAGCGGCUUCAUCAGCAAAGGGGCCUAGCAGGAGCCGACAUAGUCCCAGGUCCGAGAAGAAGGAUAGCCACAAGUCGAAGCGUCGGAGUCGCAGUCGCCGAGCCAGAAGCCGCCGCAGAAGCAGAAGCCGUAGGGGAGGAGAUCGUUCUCCCAACGCUGGACGAGGAGGUCGCCGAGAUAGGAGAGAACGAAAAGAAAGGCCGCCUGAGCCGGAUCAUCCCCCACCUUACCUUGCGAGUGGGCGGAGUGAUCGUCCACCUGAGCCUGCGCACCCACCUCGUGGCAGGGGCUGGAUUGGUCCAUUGCCGGUGACUACGCAUCCAAGGUGGACGUGUGGGACCAAUAAGGGUCAGGUGCGGCGUGCCAAGCAGCAGCGGUUCAACGACCGACGCCGCCGCAGGAGACCAGCUAGCCGAGCGGAUGAGGAGGAAAAUCCGCCGAGGCCAGGUGAGCGGCCGCUUGCUGGGCUGACCUUGCAACAGCUGAAGCAGCUGAAAACGGUCUGCCUGAGCGAUGCCAGAUACUAUGGGCGAGUAGUCCAGGUGGCAGGCCUUGUUGCUGGGACCAGCAUGGAGGAUGGAGAGCUCUUUGUGAUGUUGGAGACCACGGGCACGAAGGAUGAUGAGCUGUUGCGGGUGUUGAGUGGCACCCCGGGGAGGAAACUCAGGGUGCACAUCUGCACAGAGGGGUGCGAGGGGCUUCUGACAGACCCUCUCCUUGUGCAUGGCCACAGCUUUGAGGAGGUGAAUUUAGAUCGCCUUCCAUGGCUGACCAACUUGGAGGCAGCCCGAGGAGUCCCAGCUGGAGGUGGUCCCGAUGAGUUGGCCAAGCUCAGAGAACUGCAGGCCAAAGUGCGCGAGGAAGAGAAGCGUGGUGACAAGAAGGUUUCCAAGAAGGAGAAGAAACGGAAGCGGCUUGAGGAGAAGAAAGGCGACGAGGGGAGGGCUGAGGAGCCUCCCAAGAAGACAGGAGGAGACCUGGUGGUGGGACAGAAGGCAUUAGAGGAUGUCUUCAGCGCCACGGGGCUGGAUCCUAACCCCGAGAGACGGAAGAAGAUCCUGCGGAAGGCAAAGAGGCUAGGAAAAGGCAAGAAAAGGAGGAAGAAGAAGAGUUCUUCGAGUUCAGGUGACACUUCGGUAUCGUCUACUUCAUCUUCAAGCACAUCAGACGGCGAUGAUGACUCAGGGCUUUUUGGUGAGAACACCAAAUUGCAUCGCAUCUGGAAGCGGUGCCCAGGAGCGCUCACAGCAGCGGCAGUAAGGGAGGCGAGGCAAUCUCUGAUGGACCAGACGGGGACGCUCUGGAACAUCAACCAAUCAGAGCUCCCUCCCAUUUUCACACAAUACUGCCGUCAGCAAGUUAUUCUUCCCCAUGGAGUUUCGCCGGCUCUGGUGCAGGAGAUUCUGACACUUUCCCAGGUGUUGGAUAGCUUGCUGCUUGGCCGAAUAGCUGGAUCCGCAGACAUAGUCUGCCAACGCUUGAAGUCUUUAGAGACCUUGGCGAAAGGCUCCCAUUGGGCCACAGGGCGGCAACUUGAACUAGUAAGGAGUGACCAGCACUCCAUGGCAGAGGGCAGCGAAGCACUGGGUGCUGCCAAGCGCGCCCGGGAAGAAGAGCGCCUGAAAAGCCUGCUCAGCAAAGCUCCUACAGGCAAAGGAGGAGAAGGGAUCUAUGGCGGCAAAAAUCGCAAAGGAAAAGCUACAGGGAAAGGGAAGCCAGAUGAGGGAGGCAAAGGACGAGGAGGUGAACCAAGGAGUAAAGAUGAUGGCAAGCAUGGCGUGCGGAAGUGA